AUUUUUCUGCUCUUUUUUUAGACAUGGACCGGGAUUAUGGGCAUGGAGGCUAUGGUGGCCCACGAUCCAUGGACUCUUACCUUAACCAAUCCUAUGGGAUGGAGAGUCAUGGAGGUGGAGGCGGAGGAGGUGGUGGUGGUGGUAACAGGUUUGGACCUUAUGAGUCUUACGACUCCGGGUCUUCUCUGGGUGGGCGAGAUCUGUACAGAUCUGGCUAUGGUUAUAAUGAACCCGAACAAAGCCGCUUCGGAGGUAGUUAUGGUGGUCGAUUUGACAACUCCUACCGGAAUAGCCUUGACUCUUUCGGAGGUAGAAACCAGGGCGGGUCUAGCUGGGAAGCACCUUACUCCCGUUCAAAAUUGAGGCCUGGGUUUAUGGAGGACAGAGGAAGAGAGAGUUACUCUUCCUACAGCAGUUUUUCUUCACCCCAUAUGAAGCCUGCACCUGUAGGCUCUCGGGGGAGAGGAACGCCUGCUUAUCCUGAAAGUGGAUUUGGAAGCAGAAACUAUGAUGCUUUUGGAGGACCAUCAACAGGCAGAGGCCGAGGCCGAGGACAUAUGGGAGACUUUGGUGGAAUGCAGAGACCUGGAAUUGUCGUUGACUAUCAUAACAAACCCAGUCCUGCAGCAGUUGCUGCAAGGGGAAUAAAAAGAAAAAUGAUACCACAGCCAUAUAACAAACCUGGUGGGACAUUCAUCAAGAAACCCAAAAUGACAAAGCCUAUUUUGAAGCUGAGCCAGAAAAAAUCACCUAACAUGAAGACAUCUUACCAGGAGUCUACUGUAGAGGAAAUUGAAGUGGAUACAAGUGGUGCAGUUGUUAUAUAUGAAGACUUUACAAGAGAUGCUUAUGAUCUUGGAUAUCAGACUUUUGGAGAUGGCAAAGGAGAAGUUAAAAGUGAGGAAGAAGAAAAGCGGCGGAUUGAGGCCAGAAGAGAGAAACAAAGGCGUAGAAGGGAAAAAAACAGUGAAAAAUACGGCGAUGGAUACAGAAUGGCAUUUACUUGCUCAUUUUGCAAGUUUCGAACGUUUGAAGAAAAAGAAAUUGAGUCACAUCUGGAGAGUGCAGCUCACCAGGAGACAUUGGAUCAUAUUCAGAAGCAAACCAAAUUUGACAAAGUAGUGAUGGAAUUUCUUCAUGAGUGUAUGGUGAAUAAAUUCAAGAAGACAGCAAUGCGUAAGCAGCAGACAAGUAACCAAACUGAAAAUUCCCAAGCUACUGAAAAAGAUAUAAUGGAAGGGGUUACAGCUGAUGACCACAUGAUGAAAGUUGAGACUGUUCACUGCAGUGCUUGCAGUGUCUAUGUUCCUGCAUUGCACAGUUCUGUUCAGCAGCACUUAAAAUCUCCUGAUCACACAAAAGGAAAACAAGCCUACAGAGAACAAAUAAAAAGGGAGAGUGUUCUCACUGCCACCAGCAUCUUGAAUAAUCCUAUAGUCAAGGCACGAUAUGAGCUGUAUGUGAAGGGUGAAAAUCCUUUUGAAAUUAAUGAUCAGGCUCAGGAGCAGCAAACUGAGGAAGAAGACAAAGCUGAAGAACCAGCUGAGGGUGAAGAAGAGGAGGAAGAAGAAGAGGAAGAAACUGAAGAACAAACUGACUUCACUUUAGACCACACUGAAGAUAACUAAGUGCAAGAAAAUAAAAAUACAUUAGUGGGGGCAAACCAGCCUUUUAUUUCUGCUCUAAAGUGGCUCAGACUUUUUAAUAGUCUCAAAUGGAUCUGAAGAUUCCCCACCAUAUGCAUGCAUUCCAUUCCAUGGAGAACUUGUUUAUAUAAUUCCUCUGUGUUUCUGAUUUUGUUUUAAAUGAAAUUAAGACUAUUUUAGUUGAGCUUUUUAUAGAAAACUGACUGUUAAAGCUGAUCAAAACAUUGUGUUGUAUAUUUUUUUAAGCAUCCUAUUUUUUUGGUGUGUGUACUGAAAGUUGGAUCUGGUCUAAUCAGUUGAAAAGGAAGGUGGAUCUUUGGGGUAAAUAUUUUAAAAGCUUUGUGGUGUAAGCUUAUAAAUAUUUACCUCAGUACAGGAUGAAUAACUUCAAAAAUUGUGCUGUUGAGUGUGGCUGUUUGGGGGACUGCAUUGCACUCUGUAUAAUAGAGUAUGUGUUUAUAAUAUGCCUUGUAGCUUUUUGUGAUAAGAUGUACCCGUUUGUAGCAAUAAAAUACUUUAAAAA